AUGUCGGCGAGCGGCAGUCGCGGUGGCUCGUCUGACCCGUUCUGGCCGUCCGACCCGACGGAGGAGGUGGAGGAGGUGGCACAGGCCGUCUCCAAGGCCAUCGUUCGCGCCGGAGCCUUUCUCUCCGACGCCAGGUGCUCGUUCUGCGUGCUCGGCGCCGUAUCAGACGCGCUGCCGAGCACGGGCCGAGUACUUGCAGAGCGAGGCCUUCGCGUCGCCGACAUCCGCGGCGCGUGGGCUGUGCCUGCAGCGGUGUGCGACGCGCCGACCGGUGCCGGUGCCGCCGACCGGCCGUGGUGGCCGGCCGCCAGCCGGCGGCUCGAGCCGUACCUGCGCCACGACCUCUGGCGCAAGAUUGACGGCGAUGUGCGUGCCGGCCGGGCAGUCGACUGGAAGGCGAUGGGCCUCGACGCUGCUUCGGUCGUCGUGGUGAAACACCCGGCCGCGGUGCGCAGCGGCGCGGCGCGGCGAGCAGCCGUGUCCACUGCGCGCAAGCACUUGCGGCGUCCGCGGCUCGCCGCCCUCGCAUGGCUGUGGCCCUUCCCUUGGAUCUGGCUGCUCGGCUGGGCCGUCGCCGUCGCCCUCGUCGUCGGCUCGCGGCUGCUGGCUGAGAGCAUUCUGGCAGCGGCGCGCGCGAAGGCGGCGGAGGCGGAGGUGGCGGCGGCGACGGCGGCGGCUGGGGCGUCAUCCGGCUACGGGUGGCGCGAGGCGACUUCGCUCGCGCUGGCCAACCUUGCCGUCCUCGCCUACGUCCGGCGAGGCCGGGCGCCGUUUGUGCGGGCCGUUGGCGAGGCCACGUCGCUCAAGCAGGCGGGCACGACCGCUCUCAGGCUGCGCAAGCUCGACCUCGCAGCGCAGCAGUACACGGCGGGCGCGCGCCGCGCCGCCAGCAUCCGAUCCGACGGCUGGCCCUCGCCCUCGCCCUCGGCGGCGCUGCAAGCGCAAAGGCGCACUACCGCCGCGCCGUUGCACUGGUGCGUCUCGGUCGGAUGCACCGCCGCAGCAGCAGCAUCAUUGCCACCGGUGAGCUCGCUCGGCUCUGUCGGCGGCGAGCAGCGCGAGCAGCGCUUCAGCUGGGUGCGCUCGUGGCUCGAGACGCGGCUCGUGAACACCGCGUGCGCCGACGAGGACGGUGCGGUCCUCGCCAUCGUCGCGGUCCGCAGCGUGCGAGGGGAGGCGUACGUACGCGUGUGCCCGCGGCCGCGGCCCAGACGGGUGCACCACUUCGACCUGACGGUGGAGCUCGAGUGGGCGGCGAGGCUGUCGGACGGCUCCGCGCCCUUUCGCGGCGGGCUGCGGCUGGACGACCUCACGGCCGACGAGGACGACGAGGACGCGUACGAGGUGGGCCUCAGCUUCGAGCGACAGCCAAAAGAGGACUCGGAGGAGGAGACGUCCUUGCUGAACCUCCUCGGGCCGCUCGCGCCUCGGCUCGCGAGGGGCGCCGAGGGCAAAUUGGGCCGGCUGGUCUGGGAUAGGGUCCAAGAGCUCCGGCAGGAGUUUCGGCAGCUGUAGUUCUCUGUUUACGAGUUGGCUUUAGAGCCGCGUAUUGGCAUCUGAAGUAUGAAGAGUCAUGGGGUACGU